GUCGAGACAUGGACCAACUGAUGAUCAAUUUUCAAUCGGGGUAUGUUCAAAUGAUAAUAUUUUCUAAAACGAAAAGAUUUGAGAGCAUUUUUUAGACAUUCUUUCUCUAUGUAUCUCUCAUCUUUCUCUCUCUACAUAUCUCUCUUCUCAUUCUCUCUCUACGUAUCUCUUGAGGUAAUCUCAACCACCAUCACCAUCAAUCGACAUCAACCGUAACCAUCGUAAUGAUGCCAGAACCACAUAACAUUGUCGGAAUCAACAUUACGACGCCAGAAUCAUCGGACAAUUGAUUCUUCAUUCUCUCUAGAUCUGUUUGGUUUCUCGAUCUCGAAUCAGAGUCUCCGACUUCCGGCAGCAGCUUACCGAGAGAGAGGCUAUCAUUUCCAAACUUUACUCUUAGAUUUUGCUUUGUUCAGCUCAAAGAAAAUGCUAGCUAUUAGGUGAUGUUUGUUUUCUUUUUAAGAAGCAAUUCAGAAAAAGGAGGGCUACAAUGCAGACUAUCCAUUAUGAACCUUACAAUUCACAAUCCAUUAUAUCAGUUUAAUAUAUCCAGAGUGGAAAAUGCAAUGGGUCAAAUGAUUCUUACUUGCUCCUAUUGUGAAGUUAUUUGGUCAACUGCGGUACUCUAAAUAUGAUAGCAAAAAGGGGAAAUGAGCCUUGCACAUCAGGUAUUCGACUAAAUGCUUGAAAGAGCAGUUUUGCCUAAAUCAAACCCUAUGACAUCACCUAGUGUACAUGAUGACAAGGUAAUACCUGAUCUCUACGACCUUUUUAUCUUAAAAGAAUUCCAUCGAAGCAAUUGUGCCUUAGUCAUCUACAAUAUUUGUCUUGUUUAGUCAAAGGUUUUGGAUGCUUUGGGAGAGUCGAUUCCCUGUGUCAAACUAACUUUACUUUAACUUCUUGCAACAAUACUCAUAGUUGUACACAUAUUGAACUUGUUACAAAUGGAUUUCCAUGUACAACCACUUCCAACAAUACAAGUAUAAUACAUACUACAGCUUUCUCUGCGGGUGAUCGACGAGGGCAAUCAACAAAACAUUCCCGUCUUGUGCUUCCAAUCCAUCGAACUUCAAGUCCAAGUUAACGAUCAUCAAAACAUCAACUUCCAUUCAUUCCUAAUUGAACUUCAAAUCAAUCUCCUACAAUCAAUUAAAGACCAAUGGUGGACAAUUGGGUAGAUAACAAUGAAUCUACACAAUUUGAUGAUGAUGAGGUGUUUGUUGACAACACUCAACAAGAAAUUAAUGAGGAACCAACACAAAAGAGAAAAAGAGUAGGGAAAACAAGGUCCGAUUGUUGGAAAUCAUUUGAGAAGAUUUUUAUUGAUGGAGUUUGGCAUGGAAAGUGCAAAUGGUGUGAGAGGGUUCUCAAAGCCAACAGGAAUAAUACCGGUACGUCUAGCUUAAAUAAGCAUGCAAAGAAUUGUAAGCAAAACCCCGAGAAAUUGAAAAACCAACAAACGUUACAAUUUAAAAAAGAACCAACCGGGGAGGGUAGUGUUAGCACUUGGAAACAUGACGACAAGCGAAUUAAAAAGGCUAUGCUGAAUUUGUUUGUAGUGGGUGGUCUACCUUUUAAAUUUGUAGAAAAUGAGGUCUUUAUUGAAUACACAAACGCACUAAACGGGAAGGUGGUUGUACCUUGUCGAACAACAAUUUCAAAAAAAGUGUCACUUUAUUAUCAAGAAGAAAGAAAUAAGUUGGUAACAUUCUUGUGUAAUCCCCUUAACACGGUUCAUUUGACCACCGAUUGUUGGACAAGUCCGAGUAAAAGGGUGCAUUAUAUUGUCAUUACCGCACACUUUAUUGAUGAUAAUUGGGAGAUGCACAAACGAAUAAUCAACUUUAAAGAAUUAGAUAGUCAACGGGGGGAAGAUAUCAGAAAAGAAGUGUUGAAAUGUAUUCAAGGGUGGGGUAUUAAGAAUGUCAUGACUUGUACGGUUGAUAAUGCAAGUUCUAAUGACAAAGCAAUAGAGUUUCUAAAAAACAAAUUACCAAACUUGUACAAUGAAGGAAAACACUUUCACGUUAGGUGUAUGGCACACAUUAUCAAUCUAAUUGUGAGAGACGGGAUGAAUAAAAAUGACGAGAGUGUUAAAUGUUUGCAAGACGUCGUAAGAUAUAUUAGAAAGUCGACACAACGGAUUGCUCUAUUUAAAAAAUGCAUGAAAGCCGUUGGGGUGGAAUCAACCAAAUUUUUGUGCAACGAUUGUCCCACUCGUUGGAACUCAACUUACGACUUAUUGAAGAUUGCAGUGGAUUUAGAAAAAGCUUUCUACGAGUAUGAAAUGGAAGAUCGUUCCUUUGCACGAGAUGUGGUAACCCCCGUGAGUGAAAAUUUUGUAACUUGUCGAGCAAUGGUCUUCUUUCUUGAGAAGUUCAAGGUCAAAACAGAAUUGGUGUCGACGACUUCAAAACCAUUGGCAAAUCGGUUUUUUUGAGAUGUAUGUGGCAUUUACAAACAUAUACGGGUUUGGUCGAAAAACAAACGAUUUUAUUCAAUUGGGAAGGAUAUGAUAGAUAAAUAUAAGAAGUAUUGGGGAGAUUUUGAAAUUUUGAAUGACUACAUGUACGUUGCGACUAUCUUGGAUCCGCGAAUGAAGACAAAAUUUCUUAGACAUCCUUUUGAAACAUUAAUCAAGUACAAGAUGUCGGAAAAUAAACCCCUUUCCGAAUUAGAUAUUACUGUGAAGACUAAGUAUUUAAUCAAGGAUAUUGAAUCGAGAUUUGAGAACUUUUUUAAUUGUUACAAUACCAACUCUAAUGUACCAUUUGAAACCGGUGGUAGUCAAGAUAUCGUGCAUAUUGAUGAUGAUGACGACGACUUUGUGGGUGACUAUUUUGCUCAAUCGGUGAAUUCAUCGGCUUCAAAGGAAACGAAAUUAACACGAUACUUGAACGAAGGACAAGCCCAAGGCGUUAAGGACUUUGAUAUACUGGUUUGGUGGAAAAAUAAUGCAUCUCGUUACCCAAUUCUCUCGCGGAUGGCAAAAGAUCUUUUGGGCAUUCAAAUAUUUAUAAUGGCAUCCGAGUCCGCUUUUAGUACAAGCGGUCGCAUAAUUGAUAGUUACCGAGCAAACUUGUCCGCACCUAUAAUAGAGGCUUUGGUUUGCACCCAAGAUUGGGUGAGGAAAUCAAAGAAGCCGAUUGUUGACAACAUCGAUGACAUUCUUAAAGAUGAUGACAUAGCUAAAGGUAGCAAACAAAUUCAUUUUAUUAUCUAAUAACAAAACAUUUGUUUCAUGCUAUCUUUCACAUUAAUUUUUUUUCUGGUAUGUAUUCGAGUUGGAAGACGCCAUACGCACCCAAAAUGGAAAUGGAAAAAGGCCGAUAGAUAUUAACGAGUAGUUAUACUCUUUUUGUUUUUUUUUUUUUGUUGAUAAAUGAUUAUUGGUUUGUAAGUGUGUUUUGGUUGAUUAAUGUUUUUGAACUUGAAUCAAAAUUUACUUGUUUGGUAUUGUGCGUGCAUGUGGUUUGUAAUUUUUGUCUUAGUCAACUUGUUCUUGUUACUUUCGCAUGCUUGUUAUCAAUGCAAUUCGUCAUUUUAAUAA